UGGAUGCCAUGAGCAACCUUCAAACAAAAGAUAAUGCAGAAGCCUUGGAGGAAACAAAGAGUUUUGUACCAAACAGUGAGGAAGCUGGUUCUCUGGAGAACAUUGCAGAAAAGUCUGCAGUGACCUCAGCUUCAGUGGUCUUUGAAAAUACAGAGGGUUGCAGUCCAGAAUGCUUAAGUAUGCUGAUAGAGAACAUCAGUGGCCUGGCAGUAGAUGAUGGCUUCACCAUGGAAGUGAUACCUGAAAUAAAUGUUGCUGUAGCUACCUUUACAAAAAGUAUUGAUACUACACAAUUUGUGAACAAAUGCUUACAAAACAAGAGACUUAAAGAGUUCCAGGUGACUGCCAGGCUUCUGGAAUUGACCCGGAGCAUCAAGGCUGAAGAGGUACCGGCCAGCGUCUCCACAGACUACAUCACAGUUUACUUUGAGAACGCACGGAACGGAGGGGGGCCAGUGGCAGAUGUCCAGCUCUUGCCUAAGGAGAAAGCUGCCAUCGUUACUUUCUGUGAUCACAAAGAUCUAAAGACUGUCUUGGAAAAGCAGCAUUUACUAGACCAGACAGAGAUUUCUGUGCAUCCAUAUUACCACUCCUUGGGAGAAGCUCUCUAUGGAGCAGCAAGACCAACUGUGAAGAUGCCAGACCCCUUCGGGGUGCCGCUAGAUCCGUAUGUCUGGCAGUUUUUACAGAAGCAGGCUACACUGAUCCAAGACAUAAACCAGGAGAUGGCAGUUUGCCACUGUGAGCUAAAAUGGCCCCAGGCAGACUGCGAACGCCCAGAAAUUACGGUGUGCCCAUCACCAUCUCUCUCCAAGCAGAAAAAGUCAGCGACUAAGUUGAUCAAGACAUGGAAGCAAAAUGCUUCUGCUGAGUUCUCGCGUCUCAUGGCACAUUACGUAGCUAUCAAAUGUAAAGUAAGUUCGGUGAAUUGGGAAGAUCUGAGAAACAGGCUGGCCAAAGAUGUUGCUUUGAUCAUAACUGAUAUUUCUGAGGAGACGGUGGUGAUUGCAGGCAACAGAGCAGCAGUGGACAGUGCAGAGAAAGAAAUGAGGGAUUGCAUGGAGAAAGCCACGAGGGACAGUGAAAGGGAAAAACUAAACCUAGAAAUUUCCAUGUUUGUGACCCCAGGGAAGUAUGCUGUUCUGCACAAUGCUGGGCUGGAAGACAACAUUCAUGAAGAAUAUCCGUACUUAAAGAUCUUUUAUGAUGAUGUAAAUAAAACUGUUCAUAUGCGUGGACUACUUGCAGAAGUGUAUAAAGUCAAAGCUGACUUACUGGAGAAGCUGUUGAAUAUCCCAUGCACAUCUGUUACCAUUGAUCCCCUUGUUCUCUACUAUCUACAGCGUGUAGAUAGUAAAAGAGUGUCGGAGACAUUAUUCACUAAGAAAAACAUUAAUGCUUUUUAUGAGCUUGAGGAUGAUAGUGUGUUGCUGUUUGGAGAUGCUCCCGAAGAUCUUUCAGAAGCAGAAAGGCAAAUAAAGACAAGCUUGGAAUAUAAGUGCAUCAGCGUGGAGGAUGGUGAGGUCACUAAAAAGGAGCAGUGGAGGAUCCUUCUUGCUUCCUUGGGUGAGGAGUACAGCUCUUCUGAGGAAAGCGUAGUCAUUGAUGAACCUGCUGAAAAACAAAAUGAAGUGGUUAUUGCUGGCUUUUCCAAGGCUGUAACAGAAGUUUACCAGAAACUUACUGAUUUUCUAGACAGAAACACACACGUGGAGGAGGUAAUCCCGGCCAAGUUGGCGGUGGUAGUGCAGUAUGUGGAGGAGGAAAAGUCCAAUAUUUGUCUUGAACUGAGGAAGAAAGGGGUGUCAGUUUGUUUUGACACCAAGAAACCGAGUAUUUCUCUAAGUGGACCAAAAGCAGAAGUGUCAAAAGCGGUCACCACAUUCAAAGCAAUUCUCUCAUCUCUCUACUCAAGAGAUGUGCCAAUAGAUAAACCGGGAGCCAGAGAGUUCUUCACUGAGAGGAAAGAUUCAUGGAUUUUUGAGGCAAAGCAGAGAUUUAGCUGUUUGAUUAGGCUGGAGGAAGAAGAAGAAGGUAAAGAACAAAACCAAGAGAAUGAUGAAAAAAUUGAUAACAGAAAGCUGUUCUACAAGGAAAUGCUGCCAGAUGGAGUUGUAGUAGCAGUGUAUAAAGGUAACUUGUGCAAUUACCCUGCUGAUGUUGUGGUAAAUCCAGCUAAUGAAGACUUAAAACACACUGGGGGCCUUGCUGAUGCACUGUUUAAAGCAGCUGGUCCAGAGCUGCAGCAGGACUGUGAUGAGCUGUUGAGGAAAAAUGGGAGUCUGCACCCUGGGUGUGCAGUUAUCACAAGGGCUGGAAAACUCCCUUGCAAGAAUGUCAUCCACGCUGUUGGGCCCAGGUGGAGGCAGCAUGAAACAGAACAGUGUGUGUGCUUGUUGAAAAAGGCAGUGAAGAAAAGUCUACAGCUGGCUGGAAUAUACGAUCAUCAUUCUAUAGCUCUGCCCGCUAUAAGUGGAGCAAUUUUUGGCUUCCCGCUUCAGACCUAUGGAGAUUCAGUUGUGUCCUCCAUCCAGGAGACCUUGGAAAAGUCUGUAGGGGACAGCAGCUUGAAGGAGGUUCAUCUUGUGAGUGACGAGGAAGAAAUGGUUCGGGUUCUGAGUGAGACAGUAAAAAAAGUGUUUGCAGGUGAAUCAUCUUCCCAAACACUGCUGAUGAAAGAAAGCCAGAAGAAGAGAAAAGAUCUGAAGAUGAUCACAACAGAUGAAGGACUUUGCAUCCGAGUAGAGGAGAAAAAUAUUCAGGAAGCCACGACGGAUGUAAUCGUCAACAGUGUCGGGGAAGAUCUGAAGUUUGGCGUGGGGCCGCUUUGCAAAGCCUUGCUGGAAAAGGCUGGACCAGACCUCAAAGAAGAGUUUGAUGAAGAAGCAGAAUGUCCAUCUACUUUUGGGGAGAGCGUGCUCUGCACCUCUGGAUAUAAUUUGGCCUGCAAGUUUGUGCUUCAUGCCAUACUUCCUGCGUGGGAUGGAGAAAUAGGACAGAACACGAAGACACUAGAAAAUAUCAUCACAUCCUGCCUGAAGGAAACUGAAAAUCUUGGACUGAAAUCAAUUGCUUUUCCAGCUAUUGGAACUGGAGGAUUUGGAUUUCCUAAAGCUGUUGUUUCUAAGUUGAUGUUUGAUGUGGUAUUCAAGUUCAGUAGUAGUCGCACUGUGAAGAGUCUUCAAGAAGUUCAUAUUCUCUUGGACCCAAAAGACGUGGAUAACAUUCAGGUUUUUACAUCUGAACUAGAACGUAGAAUAGCUGGAAGUCGCAAUGCUGAAGGACCACAGUCAACAUUUUUAUUGGGCAAAUCCCAAGACACCAUGAAGAAAAAGGAUGUGGUUUUGGAGAAGAAGGUUGAUUUAGCCACGUUUCAAAUUUGUGGAGAAAGCCAAGAAAAUGUGGAUGCAGCUGAAUCCUGGAUAGAGAAUCUAAUUUUAAAGGAGCAGUUUGAAAACACUAUUUCAGACGAGCUAAUUGCAAAUUUUGAUGACAGCGAGAUUGACAUUUUGGCAGAUCUCCAGAGAAGAAAGCAUGUUACCAUUCAGCUUGAAAAUCACCUUUCCCCUCCUUGCAUUAAAAUUUCUGGUAUUAGCAGGGAUGUCUACUUUGUUUCUGUGGAAGUCCAAAAAAUGGUGAAAAAAAUUAAGGAUACUGAAGAAGAACGAUCCAAGGCCGAACUGGUUUAUAACCUGGUAGAGUGGAGGUAUUCAGCAAGCAAUGGCACUUUUGUUGCUUUUGAUAAGCUGACAAAUAUGCAGCUGGAGGAUGCCAAACUAGCCAAAGUGAAAUAUAUUACUGUCAAAAUUAACCAGAAGAAGUACAAGGUAGAUCUGAAAACUCUACAGGCUAAAGAUCACCAAGGAAAAACUUUAAUCUUCCAACGUGUGCAAAAGAAUGAAGGUAAACUGCAACUCUCUCAGCAGUCCAUACAGCUCCCGGAGCACUGGAAUGACAUGCAAAAUGAAUGGGUCAAAGUGGUGAAUCUCCAGCCAUCACAUCAGGAAUAUCUGGUUGUUCAGAAGAAGUUUAAGAGAACCUGUCCCAACUAUACCAUAACGAAGAUCGAAAGAAUACAAAAUCCCUUCCUCUGGCAGACAUACCAAAUUAAAAAAAUAUCUCUCUGCAAGAAGAACAGAAAUCAAAAUAAUGAGAAGUUGCUAUUUCAUGGGACACCUUCAUCCUCACUGAGCAUGAUCAACUACAAUGGAUUUAAUCGUGGGUUUGCUGGAAAAAAUGGUGCCUCCAUUGGAAAUGGAACCUACUUUGCUGUUGAUGCAAGUUACUCUGCUCAGAAGACUUGGUCCACACCCGAUGUGGAUGGCAAAAGAUACAUGUACUUGGCUCGAGUCCUUACUGGGAAGUACUGCCUGGGGCGCAAAGGACUAAUCACUCCACCACCAAAACAUUCAUCAGAUCCUACUGACCUGUACGACAGUGUGGUUGAUUGUGUGAAUGCUCCAACCAUGUUUGUCAUAUUUAAUGACAUUCAGGCCUAUCCUGAAUACCUCAUUACUUUCAAAAAAUAGAAUAUUCUUAGUAGUCUGGAAAAUUCUAGUGCCUUUCACAUGUGGGAAUUAA